AUGUCGGGGAAGAAGCUCAAAACCAAAAAUCAGCUUUUCAAGCGCCAAAAAGUCAUCGAUGCCCGUACCAUACGAACAGAAGCUUUGAAUUCGACAACGUCUGCGGCAGCUACCGAGUUGUCAGAGAGCGGAAGCAUGCUCAAAGUUCCAGAGUUCAUGGCGUCACGCGAAUUUGAAGUCAAACAGCUGCAAAUGGCUAUCCACAAAUCCAAGAGUGCUUCAUCCACACGGGUUUUCCAAUCGUUGCCUAGAAAGCUGCGUCGUAGAACGGCCUCCCAUAACAUUAAAAGAAUACCUAAACGCCUUAGAAAUCGGGCUUUGCGAGAAAUGCGCAAAAGCGAUCAAGCAGUGACUAGAGGGACUGAGACUCUCUCCAAAAAACGAAAAUAUGGCCUCACCGCCAGGCAAUUGUACAAAGCUCGUAUGGCUGUCAAAUUAUUACGAUUGGCAGCAAAAUCCAAAUCAAUGAAGCUCGCAUUUCCAGCAGAUGCAACUGCAAGUAAUCACAAGCUGCGAGAUCGCAUCAAGGCUCUCCAGAAAAAUAUUAAAGAGCAUUCUAAAGGAAAGGCCCCCGUAUCUAGAAACAAUAUUGUGGGUAGCUAUGAUUCCACUGGCGUCAACACCGCUGCCACUAAGCCCACUGGACGGAUAAAAUAUAUGAAAAGACAAAAAACGUUCACAUGGCUGCCUAGUCAUGUGUGGAACGCCAAACGAUCCCAUAUGCUGAAAAGGUGGGGUUAUCAAAUACCUUGGUCUCCAACUCAAAAGUGCUUUAAGCUUACCCACAGACUUGGUAAUACCGUCUCUGCAUCUGAUGGCGCUAUGUGUUGCGAUUCGAGCUAUGUAGGAACUAUGGUCCUGGUCGCUGAAAAUGUAGACUACCUAAAGGACCUCGUUUCUCGACUGACACACGGAAGGGCAUCGCUCGCAAAGUACCGAAUUUAUCAAAAUUGGUUUGAGGGCCUGAUUUACAUUGACAAUGAAGUUGUUUUAGGGCCGGGAGAGUUGCUUUGGGUAAGCUUGCAAAAGUGCAUACUAAGAGCCCAUCCCGCAUUCUAUAACAACGUUUUUGAGUGGCUUGCUGGCCUAGACAAAGACACUCUUACUGUCUUUGACUGUCGUUAUUCCAUCUCUAGUAUCACGCUCACUGGGGCAAAGUCCCUAAAUGCGCUCUCUCAAGUUUUGCGCAGCACAGAACCAUCGCACUCCUACUCUCAGUUCAAAAAGUUCUCGUACGUUACUGAUAUUCAUUUGCUGCCUCAGAAGACAAUGUUUGCCUUUGACGCAAUCGACCCUAGGCAUCUUUCCAACCCUAGAAGGCUAGAGAAGGUGAAUGUAAACUCGGACGAUAUUUUGGAACUUCAAUUUACUUUUCCUCAAGCCGAAAUAGCUUCAGUACUAGAGAAAAUGUCGGAUCCAAAAGAACGCGAGCAGUCAUACUCAAACCAGCAAACUUUCAAGCAAUUAGCAGCGCGGCGCAAAAAAAUGCUGGACUCGAUGAAGCGCGCCAACAGCAUUCCCUUCGAAAAGGGCGCUGACCCUUCAUUCCCGAUCGUAAUCUCAAAAUUACCAAAACGUGAGGCAUGGCUUGUACUCUUGCCUUGGUUCUGGCAACUUCCCUUGUGGUACCAAUUGAACAGGGUGUCUCGCGUGCAUCACAUGGGACUGCGUCAAGUGCAGCAGUUGGAUUACGAAAACAGCCGGCUGUAUUUUCCAGACGAUUUCCCUUUUACGCAAGCGGGGCAUGAUGAAAACUCAGUAUCUAAAAAACGGGUUCAAGAAGCGCUUUGGAAACGUCAACCCGUGGGCAAGCGCGUAAAUUACACCAAAAUCCCAGAUGUCCAUUCAGAAGCUCCAGUCAUGUUUCCCGGAGAAAUCGGAGAUCCCUUUUGCUGCGAUUGGAGGUUUCUGCAGGUUUUGCAAAACGGCUUGGUGUACUUGCGGUCUUGUAACGAGGCAACUCCUAAAAUGUUCGAUUCCGCGCGAACAGCCCAAUUUGACGAAUCGAACCAGCGUAAACUGCAGUACAUCAAUGACGUUGUUGAACUCUAUGGUGAUGUUUGUGCCAGCAAAUACAAGCCGGCUGGGCUUCCGAUACGGCUUGUCAACCAUUCAAUCUCGAAAAUCAGACUCAACGAUUCAGAUUUUACCUCUGAGCAUCAAUCACUGCAGCAGCAAAUCACUUCUACUCCUCUUCCUGUCAUAGCUGUGACAUGCACUCUUCUAGAAAGAGGCCACCCCAAAGACUCUGCUCGGAUCUAUUCGAUCCCGGAAAAGGACCUAGCUUACUGGCGUUCUAUCGCGCAGUUGGUCACACGCGCGAAUGGUAAAAGAGAUCAUGACCGCCCUCAGUGUAUUCCUGAGGUGUCCAAUCUGAUUGGAUAUGCCACAUGUGGAACGUUUCACUUGAGAGAAGGUUGUGGAGUGUGCACAGGUUUCAUCGAUGCACGAGAAGCCGUCAAACCUGCCAACGAUCUUGUUUUGAUUAGAAAUGUGGGUACUAAUGUUUACAGAGUCGCCAAAUGGGCGCAGAUUAUGGUUUGA